AUGGCGGCUCCCGCCCCCGAAAUCACCAUGUUGGACGAGAAGAGAGAUGCCGAGCACAUCGACCAGGAGGAGUUCGGCCAGCACAUGCAUAUUCCGAAAAGAGAGGCGCCGCCGUUGGUGCGCGACCUGACGCCUGAGCAGAGAACCGAGAUGGAGGCAAAGCUGCGCCGCAAGAUCGACCUGCGUCUGAUGCCAAUGAUCAUCAUCAUGUACAUCCUCAACUACAUUGACCGCAACAACAUUGCCGCCGCCCGCUUGUCCGGCAUGGAAGAGGACCUGGGCCUGAGCGAAAGCCAAUACUUGACCUCCGUCAGCAUUCUGUUUGUCGGCUACCUCCUCAUGCAGGUCCCUUCCAAUCUUUACCUGAACAAGAUUGGCCUGCCCGCCAUCUACCUGCCCACGUGCAUGAUCAUCUGGGGUGUCAUCUCCACCGCCACCGCAGCUUGCCAAAGCUUUGGCGGCCUCGUCGCAUGUCGAUUCUUCCUCGGCUUCAUCGAAGCCGCCUACUUCCCUGGCUGCCUUUUUUUCUUGUCGUCAUGGUAUACGCGUAAAGAACUUGGCCUGCGCACCGCCAUCCUGUACUCCGGUGCCCUUAUCUCGGGUGCUUUUUCUGGCCUGAUCGCUGCCGGCAUCAGAGGCAACAUGGACGGCGAUCGCGGGUUACGCGCGUGGAGGUGGUUGUUCAUCAUCGAAGGCGUCGUCACCAUCUUCAUCGCCUCCUUUGGCUUUUUUAUCCUCCCUAACUUCCCGCGCACCACCAAGUGGCUCACCGAAGAGGAGCGUCAGCUGGCCGUAUGGCGUCUGCAGGAAGAUAUCGGCAUGGACGACUGGACCGGGGCCGAGGACCAGAGUUUAUGGAUCGGGUUCAAGCUGGCGUGCAUGGACGUCAAGAUGUGGGUCCUCAUGGGCUUGCUCUUUGGCAUUGUCAGCGCCGGCAGCGUCACCACCUUCUUCCCUUCCGUCGUCGAGACCAUUGGCUACGGUCAGGUCGAGACGCUUCUCCUGACCGCACCGCCGUACAUACUUGCCGUCAUCACCACAGCCCUAAACGCAUGGCACGCCGACAAGACCGGCGAACGCUAUCUGCACGUCGUGCUACCCAUCUGCCUGGGCAUCGUGUCCUUCAUCCUGGCCGCCGCCACGCACGCCACGGCGCCGCGCUACGUCGCCAUGAUGCUGAUGGUGUCGGGCGUCUACACCGGCUACGUCGUCGUGCUGGCCUGGAUCUCCAACACGAUCCCGCGCCCGCCCGCCAAGCGCGCCGCCGCCCUCGCCUUCAUCAAUGCCGUGUCCAACAGCUCGUCCAUCUGGACCUCGUACCUGUACAUCAACCCGCCCGGUUAUGUCAUCGCCUUCUCCGUCGACUGCGCCAUGCUUGGUCUGGCCGUUAUCUGCGCGACCAUACUGCGUUUCAUCCUGGUGCGGCUGAACAAGAAGCUGGAUCGGGGCGAGCACGUCGAGGGGGCCGUCAACGCCGUCCCAGGCCAGGCUGCCGACAGAGGUUUCCGCUUCUUGACGUAA